AUGUCCGCUUCUGCCCUCCCUUCUCAUCUCCGCGCCCCGGCCAACGAGGCUGCCAACGCUGGCUCCUUUGGCAAGCACCACGGAAAGUCUCAGUCGCACAUGCUCACUUUCGCCCCCUUUCCCUUUCCCGUGCUUUCGCAUCCCCUGGGCCCAAUGGCCAUUACCUUGGCUCUUGAUCACAUUGUGGACUGUCUGCUGGUCUACGGGAUCCUGACGGUGAUCUGCCGCCGGGGCAUCUUCACACCAGAGUGGAUGGCGGCCUCUCUGGAGGUCUACUGCUUGAUCCGUCUCUUCAAAGCGUUGGAUUGUCUGCCCGGACAACGCAUUGUGGCGCUCCUGCGAGGCCCGUCCCUGAAAGACCAUCUGCGCCUCUUCACAUCACUCCUACCACUUGGCGUACCGGUCCGCCUGGCCAGUUCGCAGAUCAGCGCAUUGCCUCGUUUCCCCCCACUUUUCUCCCAUGUUCCCCCGAAAUUCAUUUGGUUACCUCUUGUCAUCCUUUACCUGAUGCUAACCGCCCUCUCCCUCCACCAGGCCUUCGAGAAUGCCUCGACUAGCGUGGCCGCGUCGCAGAUGCGCAACGCCCUGAACGCCCUCGCCGAGACCGUCCCCGACCCCUCGGAGCGCAAGCGCUUCGAGGCCGAGAUGGACAACUUCUUCGCUCUCUUCCGCCGUUUCCUCAACGACAAGGCCAAGGGCAACGUCGUCAACUGGGACCGCAUCGCCCCCCCUCAGCCUUCCCAGGUCGUCGACUACAACGAUCUCGGCAGCGAGGCUUCGGUCGAGUUCCUGAACAAGCUGGCCGUCGUCAAGCUCAACGGUGGCCUGGGUACCUCCAUGGGCUGUGUCGGCCCCAAGUCCGUUAUUGAAGUCCGCGAGGGCAUGUCCUUCCUCGACCUGUCCGUGCGCCAGAUCGAGCACCUGAACCGCACCUUCAAUGUCAACGUGCCCUUCGUGCUCAUGAACUCGUUCAACACCGACCAGGACACUCAGUCCAUCAUCAAGAAGUACCAGGGCCACAACGUCGACAUCAUCACCUUCAACCAGUCCCGCUACCCCCGUAUCAUCAAGGACUCCCUGCAGCCCGCCCCCAAGUCCUACGACGCUCCCCUGCAGGACUGGUACCCCCCGGGCCACGGUGACGUCUUCGAGUCCCUCUACAACUCGGGCACUCUCGACAAGCUCCUCGAGCGCGGCGUCGAGUACAUCUUCCUGUCCAACGCCGACAACCUGGGCGCCGUCGUGGAUCUCCGCAUCCUGCAGCACAUGGUCGACACCCAGGCCGAGUACAUCAUGGAGCUGACCGACAAGACCAAGGCCGACGUCAAGGGUGGUACCAUCAUCGACUACGAGGGCAAGGUCCGUCUGCUCGAGAUCGCCCAGGUGCCCAAGGAGCACGUCAACGAGUUCAAGUCCAUCAAGAAGUUCAAGUACUUCAACACCAACAACAUCUGGAUGAACCUCCGCGCCAUCAAGCGUGUGGUAGAGGAGAACGAGCUGGAGAUGGAGAUCAUCGCCAACGAGAAGUCCAUCCCCGCCGACAAGAAGGGCGAGGCGGAUCAGGCCAUCUACCAGCUGGAGACCGCCGUUGGUGCCGCCAUUCGUCACUUCAAGAACGCCCACGGUGUCAACGUCCCUCGUCGCCGCUUCCUGCCCGUCAAGACGUGCUCCGAUCUCUUGCUGGUCAAGUCGGAUCUCUACCGCCUCGAGCACGGCCAGCUGGUCAUGGACCCCAACCGCUUUGGUGGUGUGCCCGUCAUCAAGCUCGGCUCGGACUUUAAGAAGGUGUCGGACUUCCAGAAGCGGAUCCCCAGCAUUCCUCGGAUCGUGGAACUGGAUCAUCUGACGAUCACGGGUGCCGUGAACCUGGGCCGCAACGUCACCUUGAAGGGCACGGUGAUCAUUGUGGCUACGGAAGGCAGCACCAUUGACGUGCCGCCGGGCUCGGUCCUGGAGAACUGUGUCGUGCAGGGUAGCUUGCGCAUUCUGGAGCACUAA